AUGGCGAAGCUUGAAGAGCACAUACAAUACAUGGCUCAUCAGAGUAUCGGUCGUGCACUGGUACCGUCCGAUGAGCAAACGGGUAAUAAGCGAGCCGACUCGAUAAGUCGACCGGUUUUCCGGCGCCGAGCCGAGAGCCGCUCAAUUUUCCGGUCCUUCGUUCAAUUGCCACAAAUCUAG